GUUUUCAAAACUGCUGGAGUUUUGCUGGAUGAAAUGCGAGAUAAGGGAUUCCAGGCACUUAAAUACAAGGUUAUUAUUCUUGAUGAAGUGCAUGAAAGAUCCAUUGAGUCUGAUCUUGUCCUUGUUUGUGUGAAGCAAUUUCUACUGAAGAACAAAGACCUGAGGGUGGUUUUGAUGUCUGCAACUGUUGAUAUUGGAAGAUACAGGGAUUACUUCAGGGACCUUGGUAGAGGUGAUAGAGUUGAGGUGCUGGGAAUUCCCAGCUCUAGCCAGAAAGAAGUUUUCCAGCGACAAGUUUCAUAUCUUGAACAGCUGAAGCCAAACUUGGAUAAAGAGCUAGAUCCUAUGGCCGGAAUCAUGGACUUAAUGAAGAAUAUGUACGAGGAAGGGGAUGAGGAUAUGAAAAGAACAAUUGCCAAAGCAUGGACUGAUGCAAGAUCUGGCAAGACUGGUGAUUCUUUGAAGGGUUUUCGUUGAAUUCCAUAUGAAAAUGGGUAUUUUGGGGUGGAUUUUAGCACAAUGGU